AUGUCCGCUCCUAGUGGCCCUUCAUUCUGGCGUCUAGUAGGUGCUUUACGAGAUUUUGUUAAUAAUGAAGGAGAAGGCCAGUUGCCAGUACGUGGCAGCCUUCCCGAUAUGACUUCCGACUCAAAGCGUUAUCUCCGGCUGUUGUCAAUUUAUCAGGAACGCUGCGAGUGGGCUGUACAGCGGUUGGCGGCCAGGUUGACGCAGUUCUCCGAGAUCACCCUUCAAGAUAUCCGCCUAUUUGUAAAAAAUUCUGCCUUCCUACGGGUUGUUCGAUGUCGCUCGUUGGAAGAAGAGAUGAAGCUUUCACCCGCGCGCUCAGAAGAUUUAGCUCUUAUCCCGACCCACGAAGACAAUGACGCUCUGCUGUGGUACUUGGUUUUGCGCGGUGCUCUCAGUUUUUUAUCCGAAACAGGACGUUGGCCUGGGAGCUCCUCCCAAUAUUUAAACCCCAUCGACCACAAAGGAGUGUGCGGUGAAUCAACGCACAGAGUAGAUGAUCGCGCGAAAGAACACAAUCAGCACGUCAUUCCUUCGUCACCAUCCGACACUUACACGCUUGAAGCUGACUUACCAUCCUUCCUGAUGCACCUAAACCGUGUCCUACGAGCUUUUGGUAUCGCACCCAAUCGCGUCAGCCUGGACUACGUCAAUGAGUUAUGCCGAUUCGGGGGUGGUGAACUACAUUCGGUGGCCGCCUUCAUGGGAGGCGUUGUUGCGCAGGAAGUCGUCAAGUUAAUUACCCACCAAUUUGUCCCCGUCACCGAGCCGUUGAUAUACAGCGCUAUCACACAACGCACAGAAGUGGUCUCAUUUUGA